UCCCAGCUGCUCGCUUCCACUGACUCCACCUCCUUCACGGUUCGACAAGCGGGCGAUCCAGCGGCGGCGGCGGCGGCGGGCGUGCGGGCUCCAAGCUUGCGGCAUGGCGAUGCGGUUGGCGGCGGCGGCGUUCAUCCGGCGCCUGGCGCCAGCGCGCCCUCCCAUCCCCGUCCCGGCGGCGGUGGCGACUGCGGCGGAGGCUGAGGCGGUGACGUGCGGGCGCGGGGACAAGAAGACCAAGCGCGGGAAGCGGUUCAAGGGCUCCUACGGCAACGCGCGGCCCAAGCGGGAGAAGAAGAUCGAGCGCAUCAAGGACCGCAUCGAGGUGCCCCGCUCCACACCCUGGCCCCUCCCCUUCAAGCUCAUCUGAGAGGGGGCACUCACUAUACCCCCCCCCCCCUCGGGUCGCGAGGGUACUAGGGUUUACGGCUACAGUUACUGCUACCUCUCCGUUUCCAAUUAGCUGCGCGCCUGCACGGGCGUGUGUUUUUACUUGGUUGUUUCUCGAAUUACGUGGUGUCAGAUAUGUACUGUCGAACUGAUUCAACUUUGGCUAAUGCAGUUAUGGAUGAAGUGAAAUAUGUUUCUUUUCCAUCA